GUUUCUGUAACUGUGGAAUAGCACCGCGUCGUUAUUCACUUGUUGUCCGACACCGCUCCAACCGCUCUUUCUGGCCAAUCAUGUAUGCUUUGGUUUAACGGUAAUACUGACUGUGUCGUCAUUAUGAAGUUUCCAAGUUUUUGCGCGGGAAUUCCGGCUUUCAUGUACUGAGGAUGGACUCGUCAAUUUUUGCGAAAACUUUGGAAACUAUGAAAAUCGUGCGACAUGAUACCGAGAGAAAGAAGCAAUGACUACAUUCCGAUCACCGGCUACAGGUGAACCAAGAUGGAAAAUCACACCACUACAGAGUUCUCUUUACUCAGUACUUUGGAAACUAAUCGUACUACACCAAUUUAUACUCUCGGACCAGAAUUUUUUGCUCAAUGGAAACGUCAAAAACAGCGGGACAAAAUCUGCAAAACAAUCUACAGCGGCGUCCUAACUCUCACUGAAUGCUACGAGUCGUUUAAUGUAUCCCAAAACAUCCCUUGGGAUACAGACGACCCGCUCAACCUAUUUAGCAACACCGACUGGAGUGGUGGUAAAUACAAAUUACAAAAUAGUACUACAGAUUAUAAUGGUACCGGUACUGGAAACUUCGACAAUAUAUUAACUCCCGUUCUAGCACCAUUCAAUUUAUGGCAAACUAUAUUAAUCGCAAUUAGUUUGGGAAUUUGUAUUAUACUAACGGUAGCUGGAAAUAUAUUAGUUUUAUUGGCUUUCAUCGUCGACAGGAACAUCCGUCAGCCCAGCAAUUAUUUCAUAGCUUCCUUAGCAGCUACAGAUAUGUUAAUUGGUACCGUGUCAAUGCCUUUCUAUACAGUGUACGUUCUCAUGGGUUAUUGGAACCUCGGUCCAUUAUUAUGCGAUCUUUGGCUAUCGGUAGAUUAUACCGUCUGUCUAGUGUCUCAAUAUACAGUACUUCUCAUUACAAUUGACAGAUUUUGUUCUGUGAAAAUAGCUGCGAAAUAUAGAAGUUGGAGAACUAAACAAAGGGUGAUAUGGAUGGUCACCAUAACCUGGAUCAUACCAGCUUUAUUAUUCUUCAUAAGUAUUUUUGGUUGGGAAUAUUUUACUGGAUAUAGAGAUCUACAACCAGGAGAAUGUGCGGUGCAAUUUUUAAAGGAACCGGUUUUCAAUACCGCUUUAAUUAUCAGCUACUAUUGGACUACGCUCAUUGUUUUAUUCAUUCUGUAUGGAGGUAUUUACAAAACGGCUUUUGAUAUGCAGAAAAAAAGCGAAGCGAAGCAACGGAAAAUGCAGUCUAUGGUGGCAUUAAGCGCAGGUGCAAUGAGUGGUAUGGCGGGACGAGCAGCAGGAAUAGGUCUUUCCAAAACUCAAAGUAACUCGGAAAAUGUUGAUAAGCCUCUUCCUAUUAACAAUGCUUCCGUUGUCAAAGAAAACCAGGACAAAAAUACUUUGACUGUUUUAGAAUCCUACCAAGCUGGAGGAUCAGCUGAUUCCAAUUCAAGCACUACCACUAGUGCAACUACGACUACAACAACCACAACUACAGCAACUUCUUACGAAAAGAAGAAUCUUUGUCCACCUAAAGGUAAACCGGUACAAGAAAACGCUGACAAAUCAGAAAGAUCGAGUAGUCCUGCCUUCGAAUCUGACGAAGACAGCACAGCUCCAGUACAAGAAAAGGAGAAAUGUAAGGAAAAGGAGAAACAUUUGGCUUCGAAGAAGAGAACGUCGGUAGUUGGGUUGAUUAUGCAAUCCAGUGCACCGUUGCAUGUUUUCACUCAUACCAGAAUCAAUGGGGAUAUAUCUCCUGCUAAAACGAUGGGUCGACAUCAUGAAAACAUUCACCAGCCCAAACCAGAGAAGCCCACCUUCCUUCAGAUCACCGAACAUGAACCUUUAGUCGAUUCAUCAAAAUCAAAAAACUACACAGUAAGUGCAAAGCCCUCUCAACCUGACUGCCCUGUUACAAUUGUAAAUAGUAAAAGUUGCGACAGUACUUUGCAGCCCUCUGUAGAUAGUAAAAAGUCCUCUAAUAGUUUAUUAAAAACCAAAUCCACUUAUGAUUUGUUGCUUGGCUUAGAUGGUGCUGAUUUACGUUUCAUGGACGAAAGUUCUAUAGUUGUACCUUCCCCUACAUUAGAAAACCCUCCUCCUAUGAGUAAUACUAGCUCUCCUCGUCUUGUACAGGGCGAGCAGAAACUUCAGACGGAAGUAACGAUUACCGCUGAUCGGCCAAUAACAUCAGUAGUCAAUGAGGAGGAGCGUGCAGGAGAGACUGAGGAAAGCUCACCAUUGGGGGGAAUUUCAGCUAUUAGUCAAACAGGUAAAAACGGUCCUUUCAACACGUCCUACAAUAAUAAACCUAAAUUUUGUUCAGAAUCCAUAGAUAAUCCUAAGAGGGUAUUUGUUAAAUCGAUAGGAAAGAAACUGAAGGCCAAAAAGAAAACUAUCGGCCCUCUAGGCUUCGGAAGACAGAAGUCUAAAUCCGAAAAUCGAGCUAGAAAGGCUCUGAGAACUAUAUCCUUUAUUCUGGGAGCAUUUGUUGUUUGCUGGACGCCGUAUCACAUAUUUGCGUUGGUGGAAGGGUUUUGCACAGAUCCCCCUUGUAUCAACAGUCACAUUUACAUGUUUUCAUAUUUUUUGUGCUACGCCAACAGUCCUCUAAAUCCAUUUUGUUAUGCUUUAGCUAAUCAGCAGUUUAAAAAAACUUUUACAAGGAUUUUAAAGGGGGACUUCCAUUUAACUUAGAUAAAUAUAACAACUUUAGAGUUGUUCCUUCCAAACAAAUAUUCCCAAGAAAUUAAAUGUAAUAUAAACAAUUCCAAAUACAAAACAGAAAAUAAAACAUAUCAUAAAAGUUUAGUUUCACUCAAUGAUAUACAUAUCCAUUUAUUUGUAGCUAAUACAUAUAAAAAUGGAUUCAGCUUCAAUAAUAAAAAAUAUUUAAUGAGGUCCUUCUUUUCCUUGUCGAUUCCAAUAUAUUUUUUCUGUAAAAUCAACUCUAAAGUUUGUUAUUAAAUAGAUAAAUAGAAAAUAGUGAGUUUAUAGAAAUAGAACAAGGUACUAGAGUGCCAUAUCAAUAACCAUCUAUAUAUUUGUAUAAAAAAUUGGCUGUAACUCACUUGUAUGGUUGGAUAUAGCCUAGUACCUAAUUGAAAAAUAUUGCAUAUAUUCAAAUAUAUUAUGUUAAUGAAAUACUACAUAAUUGACAAUAGAAAUGAUCAAGAAAUGUAUAAAACACGAAAUGAAGUAACUGAGCUUUUAAAAAUUUUCUCGUCCUUCCACUUUAUGUAUGAUAAAUAAAUUAUAGUAGCUCUUAUGACGUAUUAUAUUAGAAACAAAAAAUGUGUGCACAGUAUCACUCUGUAGAUAUGGUUGAAAAAACUGAUUCUGACAAAUAUAUUCGCACCUAUCAUUUAGGGUCACGCCGGUCCUGCCCUUUUUGUACUACUAUAAGCGAAGGUGAGAAAUAGUCCUAAAGAUGGCGUUGUAUUUUUAAUGGUAAUUUCAGGCUAAUCGAUUUUAUGGAUAGUUUAUAUAAUCGAUGGUUCUGCAGGCACAUCCAAGGUAGACGGAGGGAUACAAAAUUUUGAUUAUGUAAAAACAAAACAAUACAAAAACUUGUUGUGGUCGCUUAAUAAUUUGUGGAGUGAUUGUUUGGAUAAUAGAAAAAAUCAUAUAAAUUUCAGUCGCACAGAUAACGGUGGAUGACAUGUCAGUAGCCGAUUUACACUUGAUUAAAAAAUUAGUUUUUAUUUAUUUCAUUUCGAAUGAAAUUCAAACAAAACACUAUUUUUAGGAUAUAAAGGAUUUUCGUGAGCUGACUGACAAUAUAAAUAUACAUAGAAUCUGUAGAUUAGAAUAAAUUUAAUAGAUCGAAAGACAUAGUAAACAGAAAAAACAGUAUUAAAAAUUUCUAGUAUGACAGUUUUCAACCUACGGUCAAUUUGAAUUAAUUCAGUCAAAACAUAAGUAGAGAUUUUAUUUAUUAAACAACUGCCGUUUGUUGAUAAUCUACUCACAUUAACAAAAAGAGAGAUUAUUGUCGACAUUAGCUCUUUCCGAGUCUAUUGUUAUAUAAAUAACUAAAACUUUUUUUUUCAAUAUGUUAUCGGUGUAUAUUAAAGUCUAUUUAUUGAAAAAAAAAAUAGUAAAUCAAAACAUAAUCAUGCAUAAUGCAAGUGAUCAAAGUUAAAAACGCCAAAGCCGAGCAUGUAACAGGACCGCACUCCGCACUUAAGAAAUAAUUUGCGAUUUCAUACAGCAGACUAUCUAAUAACAUAUAUUAUAAAUAAUUGAGCACAAUUAUUAUUAUUAAAAAAAUAUACAAUGUAAACGUGCAGUUUGGGAUAUAUAUAAAGUGAACAACCAAAACACACAUACAUAGCAUCUUAUUGCUAACACCAAGACUGCAGUGAGGAUUGUGUGGUGGAUUCCACCCAAAACUUAUCCUUAGUAUGUCCAGCGUUUACCCAGUUUCAUCCAGGUAGUAAAUUUUUCUAUUGUUUUCACGAAAUUUGUUAAUUAUUCUAAGGUAUUAUCGGUUUCACACAAUUAUUUCUGCUUUUUCUGGUAAUAAUCUGUUCCUUUCUUGUUUUUUGGUUUAAAAUCCCAUUUCAUUCAAUAAAUAAAGUCCUUGGCUUCUUUAACAACUCUUAGAACUUUAUUCACUGGUAGAUAACUCAUUUUGCAGGAAAAAAUUGUGCAGAAUCAUUUUCUUGCAUUUCAUUUUUAUAAAUAUUCACAAUCAUUUGUUUUCGCUAGCUCAGGCGGAGUAUACAUGAUGUCAACAACUUUGUCAUCUGUCUCCGUGUCAUAUUUAAGAAAAUUAAGCACCAGACACAUAUAAACAAUCUCAUUGCAAUACAAUAAUACGAGGCCGUCUCUGUACUACACUUGAUCUUAAGGCGCUUGCCUCAAUAUACCUUGUGGUAUAUUGUGGUGCCACUGAUCUGGACAAACAACAUUGCCGCAAUGAGUUUAUCUGGGAUGUUCACGUGCUGAUAACGCACUGAUCAUUGUUUUGAUUUACCAUUUUUCAUCGAUAAAUAGACUUUAGAUUAAUCGUCAAUGUUUUCGUUUCAUUUCAAAUGGAACUUUGAUUUAGAAUGAUUAUGAUAGAAGAAUAGAGUUUGGUGAAACAUGUCUUUCUGAGUCAACGUCAUCCCUAAUUCUAGCAAUGAAUUCUUUAAAAUGGGAGUGUUAUAAGUUGUUGCUAUUAUUGGAACGAGAACGAGAAAUUAACAGUAGUUCAUUUUAUCGUAUGCAAACUUUUCUAAAUAACACAAAAGUUACUAAUUUACUGAAUAGUAAUAAUCUUUUUACAAAAAAUGAAUCUGUAUCAGUGAUUUUAAAUUUCUGAAACUAGUAUCACUUUCCUUUUAGUUUUUUGUCACACAUUAUUUCGCUACUUCUUAAUUUUUUACAGAAAUCUACUACCUAUCUCAACGGUGCAAUGAGUGGUAUAGAUGAUUUUUCUUUUAACAAAUGUUUGUCAAGAAUUUAUAUUAUAUAGGUUUUGAAUGGUCAUUUACACAUCAUGUUUCUACUUUCCUUUAAUUGGAUAGGGGGUGUAAGUAAAAUUUGCAUGUUAAGGUUCGAUCAGACAAUAAAUAAUGCAUAUUGUCAGUUAAGAAAUGUCAACUAGUGAUUGUGAUUAUAAAAAUCUUCAUAUAAAUAGGACGGUAAAGGUGAGUUCAGAAAAAAAAGAGAAGAGAAAAUGAAAAUAACAUGGAGUUAACACAAAGAAAUAACAUAAUCUAAGGUAUAAGCUCCACUUAAUCAAAUUUUGUGCGUGCAAAUUUAAAUGUCACUUUGUCCCGAUAUUUUUCUGAACCUAAAUACGAAGUAGUAUUUAAUAGGGAAAUUUUUACAUGCUGACCUUUUCCAAAAAUACUCAAAUAAUACCAAAAAACAUCAAGAAAAUAAACUUUUUUAGGUUACAUCUACAAAAGCAACUUUAGUUUUCAACCACGGACAAGUGAUUUUGUAUGGAAUGUAUGAGAAAAAUCUAUUAGAGCUAAGACAUCAAAGCUAGUCGCGGAAUGCAUUUUCACAACAAACUAAAAAGAUAAAAGUUUAUUAUCUUCUUCUUGAGCUAUGCUGCUUUCCAGUCAUAUAUGAAAGCCCCAUUAAAGUAAACUCUAAUUUUUGAUUUUCUGUUAUUUUUAUUUCUGUUUAAACCCAGUUUAAGAUAAUUUGUGAGGCUGUGUUUAACUAUGAAAAAUGCUUUUAUUUUCAUAUAAAUUUUGGUAAGUUAUAAAAAACAAAAGCACUGCCUGAAAAGAAAUAUGUUAAAUUUUGUAGUCAAGUUGAAUAUAUAUGCAAUAUUUUUUAUCGAUAUCAAAACCCAAGCACUGCAAUUUUCUUGAUAAAACGGCGAUAAUUAUAAGAAAAAAUAUAGUUAGUGAAGAAUAAAUCAAUAAAAUUAGUAAUAGUAAGCAGACAAUAAUAGAUAAUUCCGAAUUAGAAACUUAUAUCAAUAAGUGAUAUAAAUUUUGAAAUUAUGGCGGUUUUUUAUGAAGAAGUAAUUCUAGGAAGCAUUUUGAAUUAAUUAUCAUUUCAACAUCCACUCAUAUAAAAUAUUUAAUAGUAUUUUGUCUCAAAAAUAGAUUCAACAGUUAAUAAUUUUUUCUUAUCAUUUUCUCAAUACAAUGGUUAUGGUAUUUCUACGAAUGUGAAAGAAUAGAUUAACUCAAACCGUAUUAUAACGAUUUAAUGUACUGUUUUUACUACCCCAACUCUUAAAACAAAUGAAGCUUGUUUAAAAGGUUGGUUGUUUUGACGCCUUCCAAAAAGCUCCUUUUUAAAUAAAAAAAAACACUGGGAAUUUUUUUUACUUCAAAACAACACGUACCUCUACAAAAUCUAACUUAGUUUUUCGGUAUAAUCAUUUUUUAUGGGAAUUUAUCGGGGAAAAUAUAAUUUUAUACCAAAUAUAAAAAAGUUGACCACUGAAAUCAAUAAAAACAACAAUAUUUGAUUAAAAUAACAAUAAACAAAAAUCUAAAUUAAAAAAUUUUCCCAGUUGAUUCAGUCUAUUAGAUUAAAAAAACAAAUAUAUUCAAAUUGAUGUUUUUAUUUUGAAAUUACGUUAGAACAAAUGUUAUUUUAAUAUUUAGAUCUUUUCACUCAAAACCUCACUUUCUUUCGUGUUGUCAAUGACUUCUCUUCUAUAAUCAUCUAAGAUUUGAAUGAGGAAUUGUUUCUGUCCUUCAUCUUUUUUAUCAAAUCCUUGUACUCUCUGUUAUUCAUUCAAAACAAGCUUUAGAGGGCAACGCAAAAAUUUUAUUUAAGCAACCACCCUUUUGUUCAAUGUAUAUAAAUAGAUAUUUAUCAGCUGUUACUACAAACUCUUUCAGAAAAUCAGUUUCAGAGAAGUACAAACGAAUACAACUUAUCAUAACAAGUGUUUACAUGUUUUAAAUAAUCUUAAGGUAAAUUUAUACUUUCGUUUUAACUAAACUACACAAUUGUGAACUUCUUCACAAAUUUUCAAAUUUUGUACAGACAUUUUUACACCUUUCUAUUAAUACAAUUUAAUAUAGUAUGCUGAAAACUUUUUAUCUAAUGACAUUUACAUAAUCACUGAUACAUUGUCGUCUAUUCUUUGUGUGGACAAGGUGGAUGAGCGUUAAAUCGCAUUAUUUUGAUUUAUUUUUGUUAUCCUCUAAAAUAUUCAAAAUGCUUCGUGCUUUCAACUAGAAAUUAUCUUUUUCCAAACAAUUGAUACUCACGAUUGAUUUAUAUAAGAAUUGUAUGUAUAUUUGUAUUGUAUAAUAAGUGUAAACUGUAAAUUAGAUUAUAAGAACCAUUUAGUUUACAAAAAAGUGAUGUUAGCCUGCUGUAUUUGAGCCCUAAAGCACGAUAACGUCGACUUAUGUAAAUAAAUUAAAAAUAAAAAUGAUUUUUCAUA